UGGCCAUUGAUAAGCAACAGCUGAUUGCCUUGAAGUGGGAGUAGGCCCCCCAUCCAUACGUAACAUUUAUUUACAUAUUUUUCGCAAUGCAAAUUUCCCGAAUCCUUGCCCCCGGCCGUCGUUCAUACGCCCUCCUGCUUUUCACGCGCACAGCCGUGACGAGCCCCUCAUCCAAUUCGGUGCGAAUUGUGGAGGUGGGUCCACGGGAUGGACUCCAAAACGAACCCAAACUGCUCCCAGCAGCCACAAAAAUUGAAUUGAUUGAUCGCCUCUCCAAAACGGGCCUGAAAACUAUCGAGGCGACAAGCUUUGUGAGUGCGAAAUGGGUGCCCCAGAUGGGAGACAACACUGAAGUGUUCUGUGGAAUACGUAAGGUGCCUGGAAUCAGCUACCCCGUACUCACGCCCAACAUUAAAGGAUUCGAGAGCGCCCUAGCGGCGGGAGCUGAAGAGGUGGCCGUGUUUGGAGCCGCUUCCGACGCCUUUUCCCUGAAAAACGUCAAUUGUACAGCAGCGGAGGCUAUCGAAAGAUUCAAGCCAGUCCUGAAGGCGGCAAAGGAGAAUGGAGUUCGUGUCCGGGGCUAUGUAUCAACCGUAGUUGGCUGCCCCUACGAAGGCGCUGUAGCUCCCAGUGCCGUGGUCAAAGUAGUCGAAGCGUUGCAUGAAAUGGGGUGCUAUGAGAUAUCCCUGGGUGAUACCAUUGGGGUAGGCACUCCAGGCAGUAUGCGCCGUAUGCUUGACGAGGUGACGCGUGCGAUACCUUCUGAAAAGUUGGCCGUUCACUGCCACGACACCUACGGCCAGGCUCUGUCCAACAUCCUAGUUUCCCUGGAGUAUGGCAUUCGGGUGGUGGACUCGUCUGUAUCUGGCCUAGGUGGGUGCCCCUAUGCUAGGGGGGCGUCUGGCAAUGCAGCCACCGAAGAUGUAGUCUACAUGUUGCACGGCAUGGGCCUCAAUACCGGCGUUGAUCUGGACAAACUCAUUGAAGUGGGUCGAUUUAUUUGCUCCGAAUUGGGCAGGCCCUCGGAGUCGAAGGUGAAUCGCGCCUGGAAGGGACCGCAGCCGCAAAAACAGUAAUCCUACUAAUUUCCCAAAAUUGAAAACGAUGGCAUUUACUAGGACUAGUUAUUCAAUACACAUUUAUAUUCUUGUAGCAAGUUUAACCCUUAAAA